GCAGCGAUCAAAGCCGUGCGGAGUAUCCAGGAGGGCGGUCGCGUUACGCUUGGUGGCUUUGCUGGUCGCGCGAAUUCUCGGAGUCGGUGUGUCGUAUAUACGGUGUGCGCGCGCGGUCCGCGGCGGCCGGUCGAUGUGAAAAGGAGUAAGCGAAACCCGCAAAAGGGGUGAAACGGCGCGGCGCGGAAGAUGACGGCGCGGCGUGUGAUUUGACAAGUGGAGAAGGUAGCGCUCGAUGGGAAAAGUGUCCCGUUGAAUACCGCGAAUACUGCUUGACGGACUUGAGUGGAUUUCAAGAUAUCGGGAGAUUCCGAGCCGUAGACCAAGGUUGGGAAUUAACGAGUGGAAGUAUAAGCGGAACGGGUGCGGUGAGGGCGACGACGGCAGAGCAACGGUGGCGGUGGCGGCGGCGGCGGCGAGGGUGAAGAGAGGGUGUGAGACAACGAGAGGGUGAAACGACAGAGCGACCGAAGAAUGACGGGCGAGGACGGAAAGCGCGGUGGCGGCACCGGCGACGUUACCACCGGAGCUAACAUGAACACGAACACGAACGUCACCGACAACGUCAAUAACGUUAACGCCAAUGUUAACGCCAACAUAAACGUCAGCCAGCAGAACGGCGAACCGGAAAAGGCCCCCGUGGUCGGCGGUACCAACGUGGAGACGCUGCCACGCGCCGGAAAACAGAGUGAUCCUAGUACUGCAUUUUUACGAGCAGCUCGUGCUGGACAACUCGAGAAGGUUUUGGAAUACUUGGAAUCCGGAGUGGAUAUCAACGCUUCUAAUGCCAAUGGCUUAAACGCUUUGCAUCUGGCAGCUAAGGACGGUCACUUGGAAAUCGUGAGAAAACUCCUAAAUCGCGGCGCAAUUGUGGAUGCCGCUACCAAAAAGGGAAACACGGCAUUGCACAUAGCUUCUCUUGCUGGACAAGAGGAGGUGGUACAAUUGCUUGUAUUACGAGGUGCUUCUGUGAACGCACAAUCGCAAAAUGGGUUCACGCCGCUGUAUAUGGCUGCUCAGGAAAACCAUGACUCUGUGGUCAAGUACCUCCUCAGCAAGGGUGCGAAUCAAACGUUGGCAACCGAGGACGGUUUCACUCCAUUGGCGGUGGCUAUGCAACAGGGUCACGACAAGGUAGUAGCCGUUCUAUUAGAAAAUGAUUCACGUGGUAAAGUUCGACUGCCUGCCCUACACAUCGCCGCUAAGAAAGACGACUGCAAAGCGGCUACUCUACUUUUACUAAACGAUCAUAAUCCCGAUGUAACAUCGAAGAGCGGUUUCACUCCGCUUCACAUAGCCGCACAUUAUGGCAACGACCGAAUCGCUUCCUUGCUUUAUGACAAAGGUGCGGACAUUAAUUUCGCGGCAAAGCACAAUAUCACACCAAUGCACGUGGCGGCGAAAUGGGGUAAGAUUAAAAUGGUUAAUCUCCUCAUGAGCAAGGGAGCAAACAUCGAAGCGAAAACGAGAGAUGGUCUGACUCCUCUGCACUGCGCGGCCAGGUCUGGUCAUCACGAAGUAGUUGACAUUCUCAUCGAAAAGGGGGCACCCAUUGGCUCAAAAACGAAGAAUGGUCUUGCCCCGUUACACAUGGCUUCUCAAGGGGAUCACGUUGACGCCGCGAGAAUUUUGUUGUACCACCGUGCACCCGUGGACGAAGUGACGGUGGACUAUUUGACUGCGCUGCAUGUGGCUGCACACUGCGGCCACGUACGCGUAGCUAAACUACUUCUUGAUAGAAACGCUGAUCCCAACGCGCGAGCGCUCAACGGAUUCACCCCUCUUCAUAUCGCGUGCAAAAAGAAUCGCAUAAAGGUCGUCGAACUCCUUCUGAAACACAAAGCAAGCAUCGAAGCUACGACUGAGUCCGGAUUAACUCCACUACAUGUGGCGAGUUUUAUGGGAUGUAUGAAUAUCGUCAUUUACUUAUUGCAACACGAAGCUAGCCCCGAUAUACCAACAGUAAGAGGCGAAACGCCGUUACACUUAGCUGCCAGAGCAAACCAAACCGAUAUUAUUAGGAUACUUCUUAGAAACGGCGCCCAAGUCGACGCUAGAGCAAGAGAGGAACAGACACCGCUUCACGUCGCUUCUCGCCUAGGUAACGUCGAUAUUGUGAUGUUACUGCUUCAACACGGUGCGGGUGUAGAUGCUACAACAAAGGAUUUAUAUACACCGCUUCAUAUCGCUGCUAAAGAAGGCCAAGAGGAGGUUGCAUCAGUUUUAUUAGAAAAUAACGCCUCGCUUACCGCAACGACCAAGAAAGGAUUUACUCCCUUGCAUUUAGCGGCCAAGUAUGGCAAUAUGAACGUAGCUCGAUUGUUACUACAAAAGAAUGCGCCUGUUGACGCUCAAGGAAAGAACGGAGUAACGCCUCUUCAUGUAGCUUCUCAUUACGAUCAUCAAAAUGUGGCUUUACUUUUACUCGAUAAAGGAGCUUCGCCACAUGCCAUGGCUAAAAAUGGCCACACACCAUUGCAUAUCGCUGCACGCAAAAAUCAGAUGGACAUUGCAACUACUUUGCUAGAAUACGGAGCGAAAGCCAAUGCAGAAUCAAAGGCUGGUUUUACACCGUUACAUUUGAGCGCACAAGAAGGACAUACUGAUAUGUCAACCCUUCUUAUCGAGCAUAAAGCAGACACAAAUCACAAAGCGAAGAAUGGCCUCACGCCUCUACAUUUAUGCGCACAAGAAGAUAAAGUGAAUGUCGCCUCCAUUCUUGUGAAGAAUGGUGCUCAGAUCGACGCAAAAACUAAGGCUGGAUACACACCAUUGCAUGUAGCGUCUCACUUUGGUCAGGCAGCUAUGGUACGAUUCCUUCUAAGAUCUGGUGCUGCCGUUGACAGCAGCACAAACGCUGGCUACACUCCUCUCCAUCAAGCUGCACAACAAGGGCACACGCUCGUUAUUAACCUGCUGUUGGAAAGUAAAGCUAAACCGAACGCCGUAACCAACAAUGGACAGACUGCUCUGGAUAUCGCACAAAAGCUCGGCUACAUAAGUGUCAUUGAAACGCUGAAAGUUGUCACGGAGACUGUCAUCACAACAACUCACACCGUCACUAUUGAAGAGAAAUAUAGAGUUCAAGCACCUGAAUCCAUGCAGGAGACAUUUAUGAGUGACAGCGAGGACGAAGGCGGUGGUGAUGAAAUCGGCACGGCAGCCAUGAAUGUGUACGGGCAGCCUCCGCACGCGCAACACGUGUACCUUCCUUCUUACUACCAGGGCCAAAUGACCUAUACCCGUGAAGAUCCAAUGCUCAGCGACCAACAGCAGUACCGAUACAUGACUGUUGAUGACAUGAAGUCCAUGGGGGAUGACUCUAUGCGCGUGAACGUGACGGACGACGAGAGAGAUAAUCGACAUUCCGGAGCGCCAACCAUAACAGACAUGAUUACGAAAGAGCAUUAUCAACGUACAAACGCAGCCAAUCUUAAGCCGGACAAUGUAGACAUCAAUAGGCAUCCUGUGCACGUUGGCGAGUCCAUAGAGUCCUUAUGCACCUCGCUGGCAGCUCUCAGUACCGCAUCGAAGGGACAAGGAAUGUGGAGGGACAGCUUCCUGGUUUCCUUCUUGGUGGACGCGAGAGGCGGUGCGAUGCGCGGAUGCAGGCACAGCGGUGUCCGCGUGAUUGUUCCACCGCGUAAAGCCGCGAUGCCGAUGCGCGUCACAUGCCGAUAUCUGAGAAGAGACAAAUUAACAAAUCCACCACCUUUGAUGGAGGGAGAAGCGUUGGCCAGCCGCAUCCUCGAAUUGGGUCCUGUGGGCGCGAAAUUUUUAGGACCUGUUAUCAUAGAGGUGCCACAUUUCGCAUCUUUGCGCGGAAAGGAACGGGAAAUAGUGAUUUUACGAUCGGACAACGGAGAGACCUGGCGCGAGCACACUUUGGAAGCCAGCGAGGAGGCUGUCCAGGAUGUGCUUAACGAGAGCUUUGAGGGAGAAGAAUUAAGCCAGCUAGAGGAUCUCCAGACGUCUCGUAUCGUAAGGAUACUCACCGUAGAUUUUCCACAUUAUUUCGCGGUGGUAUCUCGCAUUCGGCAAGAAGUCCAUGCGGUUGGUCCCGAAGGCGGUACCGUGUCGUCAUCCGCUGUACCACAAGUACAAGCUGUCUUCCCACAAGCGGCCCUUACUAAGAAGAUCAGAGUCGGUCUACAGGCACAUCCUAUACCGGCGGAUCUCGUGGCCAAGUUACUCGGAAACAGAGUAGCCGUGUCGCCGAUUGUUACCGUCGAGCCGAGACGAAGAAAGUUCCACAAGCCGAUAACUUUAACUAUUCCAGUACCGCAGGCGGCCAAUAAAGGCAUGAUCAACCAGUACUCCGGGGACGCGCCGACUUUGAGACUCCUGUGCAGCAUAACUGGAUUGAGUCAUUUAGGGGGUCAGACUCGGGCAGUCUGGGAGGAUGUCACAGGUUCGACGCCGUUGACCUUUGUGAAAGAUUGCGUUUCCUUCACCACCACAGUUUCCGCCCGCUUCUGGUUGAUGGAUUGCCGUAACAUUUCCGAGGCCACAAAAAUGGCCACGGAACUCUACACGCACGCGACACAUGUGCCCUUCAUGGCUAAGUUCGUAGUGUUUGCGAAACGGGUAGAUCCAUUGGAAGCGAGGCUACGUGUGUUCUGUAUGACGGAUGACAAGGAGGACAAAACUUUAGAGCAUCAGGAACAUUUUACAGAAGUCGCAAAGAGUAGAGACGUUGAGGUGCUCGAGGGAAAAACGCAAUAUAUGGAAUUUUCGGGAAAUCUCGUACCGGUAUUGAAAACGGGCGAACAGCUGCAAUUACCGUUCAGAGCUUUCAAGGAAAAUAGGGUCCCGUUCACCACGAGAAUAAAGGAUCCAGAUGCCGCGGAUAUGAUGGGCCGAAUCAUGUUUAUGAGCGAGCCUAAGGUUCCGAGGGGUGAAUUACCGCAAACGCCGAUUUGCACACUAAAUAUUUUGCUGCCGGAAAAGAUUUCUCCGGAUACCGCGGUCUCCGAGCUCGAUUUGUUGGAACUGUCAAAGAACUACAGUUUUCUACGCGACGGUGGAAUAAGUAGACCAGAUGCUAUACACAGAGCGACUAUCCGUCUAACAGACAUUGCUAAUCUAUUGGAUAAAGAUUGGGAACCACUAGCGGAAGAGUUGAAUAUCCCACCCAACGACGUAGCCCUAAUAAAACAAGAGUAUCCCGACAAACCUGCACAACAGGCAGCCGCUAUGUUCAAAAUUUGGCAGAAUAGUGGAAACAAAGCUACAGGAAAUACGUUAGAAAAGGCUCUUAAUAAAAUCGGACGAGAAGAUAUAGUGAACAAAUGUAUCUUCAAUGUUGAGUUAGUGACUGACGACGUUGAAAAAGCUGUGGCCAGAGUAAGGUUGGAUCAGCCAGGAUUUGAUUCGCUAAAGGAAGAAUUGGGGCCGUCGAGAAACACGUCACUUCGCCGUGAUGCAACUAUGGAUCCGAAGAUGGACCCUGAUUACGAAGAGCCUGAUAGAAUGAAGGAGUCUGAAUCGAUCGAGGAUCUCAGUAUCACACGCGAUAAACCCAAAGAGCACAUCACAAUCACAAACGGCACUGUAUUCAACGGAACCUCGACCCCCAUCAAAGACAAAUACGCGAGCGACGAGAAAGAGCUCGGCGACAUGAUGGCUGAUUACCUUGAGCACAAAUGCCACACGACCGACAUGAUGAGCAAAAAGUCGCGCGACGAACUGGACGAUCCGGAGAAAAAACGCCAGAAAGCGAUUGCCGACGCCAACAAGAUAGUCUCUGGUGUAAUAGCAGACGCAGAGAAAGAGAAGGGGAAGUUAGCGAAGGAAGGGUGGUCGGUGGUUUAUGAUGAUGAUGCGCGGGACAGUAAAGAGGCGCGGGGUGCGAUAGACCGGACUGUAAUUAACAUUUCCUUAGAACAAACGGCUGUCGAGCCGCCGAAAGGUUUCGUUCCCAAACCAGAGCAAAUUCCCAGUGUCGAGCCGCCGAUGGUUAAAAAGCAUCGCGGUGGGACGCCGGAACCCAAAGUUAGCACUUCGAAAACAGUAGUUUCCGUUAGUGGCGAUCCGAUAGUAGGGCACACGGUAGUUACUAAGACCACACUAGUAAAACAGACGCCGACUAAGACUGUGACCACGAAAGAAACGGUAAUUGUUUCCCCCGAUAAGAAAGAUGUAGUUAGCGAGAAAGAAAAAUUGUCUAAGGAGGGUAAGGAAGUCGAUGAAAAGUUAGUUCAGGGUGCAGUUCCGAUAGGCGUUACGCAAAAGACGGCAAAGGUUGAAACUGUAAAAACUCGAUCUGAUCAGAAGAAGACACAAGCAAAAGUUCCUACAGGCAAAGAUAAAGAUAAGGAUAAGGAGAAGGAGAAGGAGAAGGAGAAGGAGAAAGAGAAAGAGAAGGAGAAGGAGAAGGAGAAGGAAAAAGAUAAAGAUACGAAGACUGCGAAAACAGCUUACGAAGACGUUUACAAUGUGUCACAUUUGGCGGACAGCACGGAAGAAAAAUCAGACGAAGAGACGAAGAGAACGAAGGAUAAGAGCGGCGGAAUAUUUUCCGGAAUUUUUAAAGGUUCUAAAUUGAAGAGAGGCAAGAAAGGUUCAAAGGACACGUCCUUUGAUAGUGGCGACGAAGAAUCGAAAGCUGUCCUAACGAAAGUCUCGGAACAGCAACCGGAACUUCCUGCUAGUGAAGUAACGGACUCGCAUUUCGAUAGCAGACUACCAGAAAUCACAACCGCACCCGAUGUGAGAUUGGCUACCGUAGAAUUUUUAGAGGAUUCUAGACGAAUCGCUGCGGGCAUGCAUGCACCAUACGAAGGUGUUGCUAAGCCAGCGGAAAAAGAAGACAAAAAAGCAGAAACUGUCGAGAGCGAUGAUGAUGGCAAGGACAAGACGGGCUUCUUCUCGAAUUUGUUCAAAAGCAAGUUUAAAAAGGACGAAGACGCUGUACCUGCUAUUCACGUCGAAAAACCUAAAGAAAGCGCAGAUCAAAUUGCAAAGAAAGAAAAGAAAAAACUGGCAGCAAUCGCGAAAGAAAACGAGGAUCUGCUGGACCUACAAAUGAAAGAAAAGGAGAAAGAGGCCGAAGCAACUACGAUUGCCGAAGUACCUAGUGCAAUCGAAAAAGAAGCGGAGAAAACUGUGAAGACCGGCGCGAAAGUCGUCGAGGAUGUCAAAAGCAAAACGGCCGAAAAGGUUGUUGCUUCAACGGAUGAGCAGCCACCCAGUAAAGAUGACGAAAAGGAAGAAGAUCAGGUAAAAGAGAAGGGUGGCUUCUUCGGCAUUUUUAGGAGUCCAAAGUCUAAGGACAAGAAGCUCGCCAAAUCGAAGGAAACGUCCUUCGACAGCGGCGACGAGGAAGCUAAAACUAUGACAGAGAAACUCUUGGAAGACUCACGGAAAGUUGCUGACAUUAGCGUAUUACCAAUCGUGUACAAAAGUGACGGCACAAAAGUCACUCCCAAAGAAGAGGUGCGUACUUUCAUAUCGACCACUCAUUAUGUCGAUACUCCGGCGGACAAAAUUGGUAAGUCCUACGAUGUUGUUCAAACCACGACAAAGGUCGAGAAAAUUAUUCAUGAAGAGAUAAAUGGAAAAACGGAUGUUGACAAGGAGAAAGCUCAAGAGGAGAAAAAAGAUAUCGAAAAAUCCGCUGCAGAGAUAAAAUCUGAUACGCCAGAACCGAAAACACUUGAGACAGAAAAAGAUAUGGGCGACGACAUAAAGGAAAAGAGCGGUGGCUUCUUCGGCAGGUUCAAAAGCCCAAAACUUAAGAGCAAGAAAAGAAGCAGAUCCCGAGAGCAGAGUUCUUCGAAAGAGACUUCUUUCGACAGCGGAGACGAGGAAGUUCGACUGGCAACGGCAAAACUUUUGGAAGAUACGAGACAGAUGGCGGAGAAUCUGCAUCAGACUGAAGAAAAAGUAUCGGAGAGUAUUAUAAAAACUCCUCCUAUAGAUGAAGAAAUUAAAAAAUCUGUCAUUCCUGAGGAAGAAGUUGUCGAAAAAGAUAAAGGAGGCGGCAUUUUUAGUAUAUUCAGAAGUCCCAAACAAGCGAGGAGUUCUAGAUCCAGAAGCAGAUCCAAGGAGAAGACACCGUCACUUGAAUUGCCGGACAGUGGCCAAGAUGAAUUACGAGAAGCAACUGCAAAAUUCUUGGAGGAUUCACGAAAUAUGGCGGAUAUUAUGGGCAAAUUAAGUGAUGUUGAAGAUAAAGUUUCUACUGAAAUAAAAGAUAAGGAUGAUAAAUUAUUAACGGAAGUUAAAAAAAUUGAUCAUCAAAUCACAACUGAUGUAGAAGAUGUUGAUAAAGCCAUCAAGGACGGCAAGGACGCAAUUGCUAAAAAGGUAGAGGAAAAAACACGUGAUGUUGACAGCGCUGAAGCUGCGAAGGAUAAAAUGGUUAAAGAAGUAAAGAAGACGAAAGAGAAAGGAGCAGGAUUUCUAUCGGGAAUAUUCAAAGGUGCGAAACAUGCUAUGGAAGAGGUAUCUGAUGACGUAAAAGAUUUCAUGGAAGAUACCAAGAAAGAAGCUGCCUUAGAAGAAGCGCGAGCUAAAGACAUGGCAGCCGUUGGCUUGAAGGAUUUAGACGAGAAAAAAGAUGAUUUGGUGAAAGACGCGAAAGACGUUGUUGAUAAAACAAUUACUGACAUUAAAGACACUAAAGAUAAGACGGUAUCUACUGUGAAAGAGAAGAAGGAAAAAGUCGCAGAGAAGAUCUCAAAAGAUUUAGAGAAGGCAACAGAACACGUGAAAGAAGCUACUGACAAAGCUGUGACAGACAUGAAGAAAAUAGACGAAAAAAUAGAAACCACUGCAAAAGAUGCUAUGCAAACAGGUAAAGAAACUAAAGAAGCAAUCAUUACAGAGGUAAAGGAAGAUGCAAAAAUAGUAAAAGAAAAAAUAACCACUGGUGCUGAAUCGGCUGCAGAUACUGUAGCAUCCGCGAAAGACAAAGUUACCAAAGAGGGAAAGAAAGCUAAAGAAAAAGGAAGUGGUUUCUUCUCCGGCAUAUUCAAAGGUGCAAAACACGCUGUAGAAGAUGCGGCUGAUGAUGUUAAAGACUUUAUGGAUGAAACAAAGAAGGAAGCUGCGUUGGAAGAAGAACGUGCCAAAGAAAAGGCUGCUGAGAGUCUAAAAGAUCUAAAAGACAAAAAAGACACUGUUGUUAGUGAAGUCGAACAAGCUGUAGAUAAAACUGUCGAUAAAGCAAAAGAUGCAAAAGAUAAAACAGUCUCUACAAUAAAAGACAAGAAGGAUAAAGUUGUCGAGGAAAUUUCCAAAGAUGCGCAGAAAGUUGCCGAUGCUACGAAAGCAGUUGGUGAUAAAGUAGCAAUAGAAACGAAGAAGGUGGGAGAAAAAAUUGAAGAAACCGCAAAAGAUGUUGCGCAAGCUGCUAAAGAUACUAAGGAAUCGGUAGUUAAAGAAGUGAAGGAAGAUACAAAAUUAGUGAAAGAAAAAUUAGCAGCAAGCGUUGAUGCGACUGCGGAAGCUGUGGACAGUGCAAAGGAUAAAGCGACGAAAGAAGCAAAGAAAACUAAAGAUAAAACAGGUCGCUUCUUUUCUGGCAUAUUUAAAGGCGCUAAACACUCUGUGGAAGAUACAACUGCUGAUGUCAAGGAAUUUUUGGAUGAGACGAAAAGAGAAGCUUCUUUAGAAAAAGAACGUGCUGAAAAAGAAGUUGCCGCAGGACUCAAAGAUUUGGAAGAUAAGAAAGAUUCAGUCGUUUCUGAUGUUCAACAAACCGCAGACAAAGCCGCAACCGACGUGAAAGAUGCAAAAGACAAAGUUAUCUCUACAAUAAAAGACCAGAAAGAUAAAGUUGUCGAAGAAGUUUCCAAAGAUGCUCAGAAAGUUGUCGAUGCUACAAAAGCAGCCGGUGAAAAAGUAACAGCGGAAACGAAAAAGAUCGGAGAAAAAAUUAGUGAAACCGCUACAGAUGUUGCACACUCUGUGAAAGAUACUAAAGAUACAGCAGUUAAAGAAGUAAAAGAGGAUACGAAAAAAGUAAAAGAAAAAUUAAAAGCAGGCGCUGACGCUACAGUAGAAGCUGUAGACGGUGCGAAAGAUAAAACUACAAAGGAGGCAAAAAGAGCGAAAGAAAAAACGAGUGGUUUCUUUUCUGGUAUAUUUAAGGGUGCAAAACACGCCGUAGAAGAAGCAGCUGACGAUGUUAAAGAUUUCAUGGACGAGACAAAAAAAGAAGCUGAGUUAGAAGAAGAACGAGCCAAAGAAAAGAUUUCUGCGGAACUUAAGGACAUGAAAGAUAAAAAGGAAGCGGUGGUAACGGAAGUAAAAGACGCUGCAGAUCAAGCCGCAGCUGAUGCAAAACAUACAAAGGAUAAAGCAAUUUCUGCUGUUAAGGAUCAAAAGGAUGAAAUUCUCGAAGAAGUUUCUAAAGAUGCGCAGAAAGUUUCAGAUGCUACGAAAGCAGCCGGCGAAAAAGUAGCAGCAGAGACCAAGGAAAUUGGUGAAAAAAUAGAAGAAACCGCGACAGAUAUUGCGCAGGCUGCCAAAGAUACCAAAGACGCAGCAGUUAAAGAAGUGAAGGAAGACACAAAAUUAGUGAAAGAAAAAUUAGAAGCAGGCGUUGAUGGGACUGUGGAAGUUGUGGAAUCUGCGAAGGGUAAAGCAUCGAAAGAAGCAAAGAAAGCUAAAGAAAAAACUUCCGGUUUCUUUUCAGGCAUCUUUAAAGGUGCGAAACAUACUGCUGAAGAUGCAUCUCACGAUGUCAAGGAAUUUUUGGAUGAAACAAAAAGAGAAGCUUCUUUAGAAAAAGAACGUGCUAAGGAAGAUGUUGUUGCAGGUCUCAAAGAUCUAAAAGAUAAGAAGGACGCAAUUGUAACCGAAGUUCAAGAAGCUGCUGACCAAGCCAUUACUGACGUAAAAGAUGCAAAAGAUAAAGCAGUUUCUGCUGUCAAAGACAAAAAGGAUAAAAUUGAGGAAGAAGUUUCAAAGGAUGCUCAGAAAAUUGUUGAUAAAACCAAAGCAGCAGGUGAAAAAGUUGCAGCGGAAAAGAAGAAAGUUGAUGAAAAGAUAGAAGAAACAAUUGCAGAUGUUGCAGAAAGUGUUAAAGACACUAAAGAUGCAGCGGUUAAAGAAGUGAACGAAGAUGCGAAGAAAGUAAAAGAAAAAUUGAUAGCAGGUGCUGAUGCGACUGCAGAAGCUGCAGACAGUGCAAAGGAUAAGGCGACUAAACAAGCAAAGAAAGCUAAGGAAAAAACAAGUGGUUUCUUUUCUGGCAUCUUCAAAGGUGCCAAGCACUCCGUAGAAGAAGCAGCAGACGAUGUUAAAGAAUUUAUGGACGAGACGAAGAAGGAAGCUUUAUUGGAAGAGGAACGUGCUAAAGAAAUAGCUGCGGCGGGUGUGAAAGAUCUGAAAGAUAAAAAAGAUACUCUCGUUACCGAAGUCCAAGAAGCUGCAGACAAAGUUGUUACUGAAAUGAAAGAUGCAAAGGAUGAAAGAGUUUCUGCAGUAAAGGACAAAAAGGAUGAAAUUGUCGAAGAAAUUUUUAAAGAUGCACAGAAAAUUGCUGAUAAAACAAAAGCAGCAGGUGAAAAAAUAGCAACGGAAACAAAAAAGAUUGGAGAAAAAAUAGAAGAUACUACGACGGAUGUUGCGAAAGCUGCCAAAGAUACUAAAGAUGCAGCAGUUAAAGAAGUAAAGGAAGAUACGAAACUAAUGAAAGAAAAAUUGGCAGUAAGUGUUGAUGCCACUGCAGAGGCUGCGGACAGUACAAAGGAAAAAGUGACGAAAGAAGCGAAGAAAGCUAAGGAAAAAACAGGUCGUUUCUUCUCUGGUAUAUUUAAAGGAGGAAAGCACGUUGUUGAAAAUGCAACUGACGAUGUAAAGGAAUUUUUGGAAGAAACAAAGAGAGAAGCAUCGUUAGAAAAAGAACGAGUUAAGGAAGAAGUUGCGACUGAUAUUAAAGAUUUGAAAGAUAAAAAGGAUGCUGUUGUUGCAGGAAUUCAAGGGACUACAGAGAAGGCUGUUGCCGAUGCGAAAGAUGCGAAAGAUAAAACUGUCUCUGCAAUGAAAGAAAAGAAGGAUAAAAUAGCUGAGGAAGUUUCUAAAGAUGUACAGAAAGUUGCCGAUGCCACGAAAGCAGCCAGCGACAAAGUGGCAGAGGAAGCAAAGAAAAUCGGUGAAAAGAUAGAAGGGACUGCUGAGGAUGUUGCACAAACAGCAAAGGACACUAAAGAUGCAGUAGUUAAAGAAGUAAAGGAAGAUACGAAGCAAGUGAAAGAAAAAUUGGCAGCAGGCGCUGAGGCAACUGCAGAAGCUGUUGAUGAUGCAAAGGAUAAAGCAUCGAAAGAAGCGAAAAAAGCCAAAGAAAAAACUGGAGGCUUCUUUUCCGGAAUAUUUAAAGGCGCGAAACAUGCUGUAGAAGACGCUGCCGACGACGUCAAAGAAUUUAUGGAUGAGACGAAGAAGGAAGCUGCGUUGGAAGAAGAACGUGCCAAAGAAACGGCUGCUGAGAGUCUGAAAGAUCUAAAAGAUAAAAAAGACACUGUCGUUAGUGAAGUCAAAGAAGCUGUGGAUAAAGCUGUCGAUAAAACGAAAGAUGCAAAAGAUAAAACGGUGUCUACAAUAAAAGACAAGAAGGAUAAAGUAGUUGAGGAAAUUUCUAAAGAUGCGCAGAAAGUUGCCGAUGCUACAAAAGCAGCUGGUGAUAAAGUAGCAACGGAAACGAAGAAGAUCGGAGACAAAAUAGAAGAAACCGCAGCAGAUGUAGCACAAACUGCUAAGGAUUCCAAAGAUGCAACAGUUAAAGAAGCAAAGGUGGAUACGAAAAAAGUAAAAGAAAAAUUAAAAGCAGGCGCUGACGCUGCCGUAGAAGCUGCAGACGGUGCAAAAGAUAAAGCGACGAAAGAAGCGAAGAAAGCUAAAGAUAAAACAUCUGGUUUCUUUUCGGGUAUUUUUAAAGGUGCAAAACACACAGCUGAAGAUGCAUCUGCUGAUGUCAAAGAAUUUUUGGAUGAGACGAAAAGGGAAGCUUCUUUAGAAAAAGAACAUGCUGAGGAAGAAAUUGCCGCACGACUCAAAGAUUUGGAAGAUAAGAAAGAUUCAGUCGUUUCUGAUGUUCAACGAGCCGCAGACAAAGCCGCAGCCGACGUGAAGGAUGCAAAAGAUAAAGCUGUCUCUACAAUAAAAGACGAUAAGGAUAAAGUUGCCGAAGAAGUUGCCAAAGAUGCUCAGAAAGUUGUUAAUGCCACAAGAGCAGCUGAAGGUGAAAAAGUAACAGCGGAAACAAAAAAGAUCGGAGAAAAAAUUAGUGAAACCGCAGCAGAUGUUGCACAAACUGCUAAGGAUACUAAAGAUGCAGCAGUUAAAGAAGUAAAGGAGGAUACGAAAAAAGUUAAAGAAAAAUUAAAAGCAGGCGCUGAUGCUGCCGUAGAAGCUGCAGACGGUGCAAAAGACAAAGCUAUAAAGGAGGUAAAAAAAGCAAAAGAAAAGACGAGUGGUUUCUUUUCUGGUAUAUUCAAAGGUGCGAAACACGCCGCGGAAGAUGUAUCUGACGAUUUGAAGGAUCAUGUAAGUGGCGCGAAGACGGAUGCAGCUGGAGAUUUGGAAGAAUUAAAACGAAAAAAGGAUAACGUAAUACAAAGUGCGAAAGAUAUUGAAGACAAAGCUAUUGAAGAUGCGAAACAUGUCAAAGAUAAAACAGUUUCUCUCGCAAAAGAUGCAGAAGAUAAACUUGUAGAUACGACUGCCAAAGAUAUAGAUAAAGCAGCACAUGAUUUGAAAGUAGUUCGUGAUGAUGUAGUUUCAAAGACCAAGGACGUAGUUGAAAAAGUUGAAACUUCUGUAGCAGAUGUUGGGCGUGAUAUAAAGGAUGUCAAGGACACAGUUGUUGCGGCAGCAAAAGAAGACACCAAAGUUAUAAAGAAAAAAUUGGUUGCGAGAUCUGAAUCUCUUUCCGAAUCAGAUGUUAUUAAAGAUAAGGCAAGCAAAGAGUCGAAAAAAGCUAAAGAAAAAGCUAGCGCGUUUUUCUCGGGAAUAUUUAGAGGAUCGAAGCAUUCCGUGGACAGCACAAUGGAUGAUGUGAAAGAGUUCCUCGACGAAACGAAAAAAGAAGCAGCAUUAGAGCAAGCACAAGCCAAAGAAGCAGCGGAAGCCGAACUCAAAGAUCUAAAGCACAAGGUAGACAGCGUGGUUGACGAAGCGAAAGAAAAGGAAACUCGUGUUACUAAAGACAUAGUUGACCAAGUCGAAAAGACUAUUGAUAAUACUAAAGCGACAGCUGACAAAGUAAUUGCAGAUACGAAGCGAGUUGCUGAUGAUAUUACGCAAGAUAUUGCAGACGCUAAAGACAGCGUGACCAAAGAAGUGAAAGAAGAUGUGCAAGCAGCGAAAGAAAAAUUAAAGGCAGAUGAUGAAGCUGUAGCAGAAGGUGCUGUCACUACGAAGGAUAAGAUAACUAAAGAAUCGAAGAAAGUUAAAGAAAAAGGAAGCGGCUUCUUUUCUGGCAUAUUUAAAGGUGCAAAACACGCUGUAGAAGGUGCGGCUGAUGAUGUUAAGGAAUUUGUAGAUGAAACGAAAAAGGAGGCUGCAUUGGAAGAAGAACGUGCCAAAGAAAAACUUGCUGCAGGUUUGAAAGAUUUGAAAGACAAAAGAGACACUGUCGUUAGUGAAGUAGAUGAAGCUGUAGACAAAGCUGUUGAUAAAGCAAAAGAUGCAAAAGAUAAAACAGUCUCUACAAUAAAAGACAAGAAGGAUAAAGUUGUUGAGGAAAUUUCCAAAGAUGCGCAGAAAGUUGCCGAUGCUACGAAAGCAGCUGGUGAGAGAGUAGCGACGGAAACGAAGAAGAUCGGAGACAAAAUAGAAGAAACCGCAGCAGAUGUAGCACAAUCUGCUAAAGAUACUAAAGAUGCAGCAGUUAAAGAAGUGAAGGAAGAUACAAAAUUAGUGAAAGAAAAAUUAGGAGCAGGCGUUGAAACGACUGCGGAAGCUGUGGACAGUGCAAAGGAUAAAGCGACGAAAGAAGCGAAGAAAGCUAAAGAUAAAACAUCUGGUUUCUUUUCGGGCAUCUUUAAAGGUGCAAAACACGCUGUAGAAGGUGCGGCUGAUGAUGUUAAAGAAUUUGUGGAUGAAACGAAAAAGGAGGCUGCAUUGGAAGAAGAACGUGCCAAAGAAAAACUUGCUGCAGGUUUGAAAGAUUUGAAAGACAAAAAAGACACUGUUGUUAGUGAAGUUGAUGAAACUGUAGACAAAGCUAUCGAUAAAGCAAAAGAUGCAAAAGAUAAAACAGUCUCUACAAUAAAAGACAAGAAGGAUAAAGCUGUUGAGGAAAUUUCCAAAGAUGCGCAGAAAGUUGCCGAUGCUACGAAAGCAGCUGGUGAGAGAGUAGCGACGGAAACGAAGAAGAUCGGAGACAAAAUAGAAGAAACUGCAGCAGAUGUAGCACAAACUGCUAAGGAUACUAAAGAUGCAGCAGUUGAAGAAGUGAAGGAAGAUACAAAAUUAGUGAAAGAAAAAAUAGAAGCAGGCGUUGAUACGACUGCGGAAGCUGUGGACAGUGCAAAGGAUAAAGCGAAGAAAGCUAAAGAUAAAACAUCCGGUUUCUUUUCGGGCAUCUUUAAAGGUGCAAAACAUACAGCUGAAGAUGCAUCUGCUGAUGUCAAAGAAUUUUUGGAUGAGACGAAAAGAGAAGCUUAUUUAGAAAAAGAACAUGCUAAGGAAGAAGUUGCAGCAGGACUCAAAGAUUUAGAAGAUAAGAAAGAUUCAAUUGUUUCUGAUGCUCAACAAGCUGCAGACAAAGUCGUAGCCGACGUGAAAGAUGCAAAAGAUAAAGCAAUUUCAACUACUAAAGAUAAAAAGGAUAAAAUUGUCAAAGAAAUAUCAAAGGAUGUGCAAAAGGUUGCUGAUACAACAAAAGCAGCUGGUGAAAAAAUAGCAACAGAAACAAAGAAGGCCGGCAAAAAAAUAGAAGAAACUGAAGCAGAUGUUGCGCAAGCUGCUAAAGAUACUAAAGAUGAAACAGUUAAAGAAGUGAAGGAAGUUGCAAAGAAAGUAAAAGAAAAAUUGACAGCAGGUGCUGAUGCAAUUGCAGAAGCUGCAGACAGUGCAAAGGAUAAGGCGACUAAACAAGCGAAAAAAGCUAAGGAAAAAACGAGUGGUUUCUUUUCUGGCAUCUUCAAAGGUGCCAAGCACUCCGUAGAGGAAGCGGCUGACGAUGUUAAAGAAUUUAUGGAUGAGACGAAGAAGGAAGCUUUAUUGGAAGAGGAACGUGCCAAAGAAAUAGCUGCUGCGGGUGUAAAAGAUCUGAAAGAUAAAAAAGACAUUCUCGUUACCGAAGUUCAAGAAGUUGCGGACAAAGCCGGAGAUGAUAUGAAAGAUGCAAAAGAUAAAGCAAUUUCUACUGUUAAGGACAAAAAGGAUAAAAUUGUAGAAGAAAUUUCAAAGGAUGCACAAAAAGUUGCCGAUACAACAAAAGCAGCCGGUGAGAAAGUAUCAGCGGAAACAAAAGAAGUUGGUAAGAAGAUAGAAGAAACUGCGGCGGAUAUUGUGAAAACUUCUAAGGACACUAAAGAUGCAGCAAUUAAAGAUGUAAAAGAAGAUACGAAAUUAAUGAAAGAAAAAUUGACAGCAGGUGUUGAUGCCGCUGCAGAGGCUGCAGACAGUACAAAGGAGAAAGCAACGAAAGAAGCGAAGAAAGCUAAAGAAAAAACAGGUCGUUUCUUCUCUGGUAUAUUUAAAGGAGGAAAACACGCCGUAGAAGAUGCAGCUGACGAUGUAAAGGAAUUCUUGGAAGAAACAAAGAGAGAAGCAUCGUUAGAAAAAGAACGAGUUAAGGAAGAAGUUGCGACUGAUAUUAAAGAUUUGAAAGAUAAAAAGGAUGCUGUUGUUGCAGGAAUUCAAGGGACUACAGAGAAGGCUGUUGCCGAUGCGAAAGAUGCGAAAGAUAAAACUGUCUCUGCAAUGAAAGAGAAGAAGGAUAAAAUAGCUGAGGAAGUUUUUAAAGAUGCACAGAAAGUUGCCGAUGCCACGAAAGCAGCCAGCGAGAAAGUAACAGCGGAAGCGAAGAAGAUCGGCGAGAAGGUAGAAGGGACGGCUGCGGAUGUUGCACAAACAGCAAAGGACACUAAAGAUGCAGCAGUUAAAGAAGCAAAGGAAGAUUCAGAGUUAGUGAAAGAAAAAUUAGCAGCGGGCACUGAUGCGGCUGCAGAAACUGUUGAUGGUGCAAAGGAUAAAGCAUCGAAAGAAGCGAAAAAAGCGAAAGAAAAAACUGGAGGCUUCUUUUCCGGAAUAUUUAAAGGCGCGAAACAUGCUGUAGAAGACGCUGCCGACGACGUCAAAGAAUUUAUGGAUGAAACGAAGAAGGAAGCUGCGUUGGAAGAAGAACGUGCCAAAGAAAAAGCUGCUGAAAGUCUAAAAGAUCUAAAAGACAAAAAAGACACUGUUGUUAGUGAAGUCGAACAAGCUGUAGAUAAAACUGUCGAUAAAGCAAAAGAUGCGAAAGAUAAAACAGUCUCUACAAUAAAAGACAAGAAGGAUAAAGUUAUCGAGAAAGUUUCCAAAGAUGCGCAGAAAGUUGCUGAUGUUACAAAAGCUGCUGGUGAGAAAGUAGCAACGGAAACGAAGACGGUGGGAGAAAAAAUUGAAGAAACCGCAAAAGAUGUUGCGCAAGCUGCUAAAGAUACUAAGGAAGCGGCAGUUAAAGAAGUGAAGGAAGAUACAAAAUUAGUGAAAGAAAAAUUAGCAGCAAGCGUUGAUGCGACUGCGGAAGCUGUGGACAGUGCAAAGGAUAAAGCGACGAAAGAAGCGAAGAAAGCUAAAGAUAAAACAGGUCGCUUCUUUUCUGGCAUAUUUAAAGGCGCUAAACACUCUGUGGAAGAUACAACUGCUGAUGUCAAGGAAUUUUUGGAUGAGACGAAAAGAGAAGCUUCUUUAGAAAAAGAACGUGCUGAAGAAGAAGUUGCCGCAGGACUCAAAGAUUUGGAAGAUAAGAAAGAUUCAGUCGUUUCUGAUGUUCAACGAGCCGCAGACAAAGCCGCAACCGACGUGAAAGAUGCAAAAGACAAAGUUGUUUUUGCAAUAAAAGACCAGAAAGAUAAAGUUGUCGAAGAAGUUUCCAAAGAUACUCAGAAAGUUGUCGAUGCUACAAAAGCAGCCGAUGAAAAAGUAACAGCGGAAACGAAAAAGAUCGGAGAAAAAAUUAGUGAAAUCGCUACAGAUGUUGCACACUCUGUGAAUGAUACUAAAGAUACAGCAGUUAAAGAAGUAAAAGAGGAUACGAAAAAAGUAAAAGAAAAAUUAAAAGCAGGCGCUGACGCUACAGUUGAAGCUGUAGACGGUGCGAAAGAUAAAGCUACAAAGGAGGCAAAAAAAGCGAAAGAAAAAACGAGUGGUUUCUUUUCUGGUAUAUUCAAGGGUGCGAAACACGCCGUAGAAGAUGCAGCUGACGAUGUUAAAGAUUUUAUGGACGAAACAAAAAAAGAAGCUGAGUUAGAAGAAGAACGAGCUAAAGAAAAGAUUUCUGCGGAACUUAAGGACAUGAAAGAUAAAAAGGAAGCGGUGGUAACGGAAGUAAAAGAUGCUGCAGAUCAAGCCGCAGCUGAUGCAAAACAUGCAAAGGAUAAAGCAAUUUCUGCUGUUAAGGAUCAAAAGGAUGAAAUUGUCGAAGAAGUUUCUAAAGAUGCGCAGAAAGUUUCCGAUGCCACAAAAGCAGCCGGCGAAAAAGUAACAGCAGAAACAAAGAAAAUUGGUGAAAAAAUAGAAGAAACCGCGACAGAUAUUGCGCAGGCUGCCAAAGAUACCAAAGAUGCAGCAGUUAAAGAAGUAAAGAAGGAUACAAAAAAGAUAAAAGAACAAAUAGCAACAAGUGCUGACACUGCUGCGGAAGCUGUGGAUCAAACAAAAGAAAAAGCGACGAAAGAAGUAAAGAAAGUUAAGGAAAAAACUGGUCGUUUCUUUUCCGGAAUAUUUAAAAGCGCGUCCUUUAAACACUCUGUAGAAGAUGCGUCUGGCGAUGUCAAAGAAUUUUUAGAUGAAACGAAAAGAGGAGCUUCCGUUGAAAAAGAACAUAUUACGGAUGAAAUUUUUGCUGAUCUCAAGGAUUUGAAGGAUAAGAAAGAUGCCGUCGUAGCCGGAGUUGAACAAGUCACAGAUAAAACUGUUACUGACAUAAAAGAUGCUAAAGAUAAGACCGUUUCUGCUGUAAAAGAUAAAAAAGAUAAAAUUGUUGAUGAGGUUUCUAAAGAUGUGCAGACAGUUGCCGAUACAACAAAAGCAGCAGCUGAAAAUGUAGCAACGCAUACGAAGGAAAUCGGAGAAAAAAUAGAAGAAACUGCGACAGAUAUUGCUAAAGCUGCCAAGGACACUAAAGAUGCUGCAGUUAAAGAAGUAAAGGAAGAUACCAAAUUAAUAAAAGAAAAAUUAACAGCAGGUGUUGAUGCCGCUGCAGAGGCUGCGGACAGUACAAAGGAAAAAGUGACGAAAGAAGCGAAGAAAGCUAAAGAAAAAACAGGUCGUUUCUUCUCUGGUAUAUUUAAAGGAGGAAAGCACGCCGUAGAAGAUACAGUUGACGAUGUUAAGGAAUUCUUGGAAGAAACGAAGAGAGAAGCAUCAUUAGAAAAAGAACGAGUUAAGGAAGAAGUUGCGGCUGAUAUUGAAGAUUUAAAAGAUAAAAAGGAUGCUGUCGUUGCAGGAAUUCAAGAGACCACAGAGAAGGCUGUUGCCGAUGCGAAAGAUGCGAAAGAUAAAACUGUCUCUGCAAUGAAAGAGAAGAAGGAUAAAAUAGCUGAGGAAGUUUUUAAAGAUGCACAGAAAGUUGCCGAUGCCACGAAAGCAGCCAGCGAGAAAGUAACAGCGGAAGCGAAGAAGAUCGGCGAGAAGAUAGAAGGGACGGCUGCGGAUGUUGCACAAACAACAAAGGACACUAAAGAUGCAGCAGUUAAAGAAGCAAAGGAAGAUUCAGAGUUAGUGAAAGAAAAAUUAGCAGCGGGCGCUGAUGCGGCUGCAGAAACUGUUGAUGGUGCAAAGGAUAAAGCAUCGAAAGAAGCGAAGAAAGCCAAAGAAAAAGCUGGAGGCUUCUUUUCCGGGAUAUUUAAAAGCGCAAAACAUGCUGUAGAAGACGCUGCCGAUGACGUCAAAGAAUUUUUAGAUGAAACAAAACAUGAAGCAGAAUUGGAAGAAGCUCGUGCUAAGGAAGCUGUAGAAGUUGGAUUGAAGGAUCUGGAACAUAAAAAGGAUACUAUUGUUACUGGUGUAAAAGACACAGCAGAUCGUACUCUCGCUGAAGUAAAAGAUGCGAAAGACAAGACUGUCGCUGCAGCGAAAGAUACGAAAGAUAAAGUUACUGAGAAAAUCUCGGAAGAUAUUCAGAAGGCUGUUGAUACAGGCAAAGCUACCAAAGACAAACUGACAUCAGAAGUGAAGAAAGUUGGUGAGAAAUUAGAUUCAACAGCACAAGAUGUUGCGCACGAUAUUUCGCACGUGAAAGAUGCAGCUGUUAAAGAAGUUAAAGAUGAUACGCAUAUAGUGAAAGAGAAAAUGACAGCUGGAGUAGAAGCUGUAACUGAAAGUGCUGAAACUAUUAAGGAUAAAGCAGUUAAAGGAGCAAAGAAAACAAAAGAAAAAGGAUCAGGUUUUCUGUCAGGUAUAUUUAAAGGCGCUAAGCAUUCCGUUGAAAGCGCAUCAGAUGAUGUUAAAGAAUUUCUAGAUGAAACAAAACGCGAGGCAGAACAAGAAGAAGCUCGUAUUAAAGAAGCAGCAGCCGCUGGAUUGAAGGAUCUAGAACAUAAAAAAGAUGCUGUCGUUACUGGUGUAAAAGAUAUUACUGAUCAUGCUGUAGCUGAAAUAAAAGAUGCCAAAGAUAAAACUAUUGCCACGGCAAAAGACACAAAGGAUAAAAUCGCCGAGAAAGUCUCCGAAGAUAUUGACAAAGUUGCUGAUGCGACCAAAGCUGCUAAAGACAAAGUAACUUCAGAAUUGAAAGAAGUUGGUGAAAAAAUGGAUUCGACAGCGCAGGAUGUUACACAAAAAAUUGCAGAUACCAAAGAUGCUGUUGUUAAGGAAGUACAGGAUGAUACAAAAAAGGUGAAAGAGAAAUUGGCCACGGGAGUUGAAACCGUGACUGAUGGUGCUGGAGCAGCUAAAGAUAAAGCAACUAAAGAAGCGAAGAAAGUUAAAGAAAAGGGAUCUGGUUUUCUAUCGGGCUUAUUUAAAGGAACAAAGCACGCCGUGGAUGAUGUCACUGACGACGUCAAAGAAGUUUUAGACGAAACUAAGAAAGAAGCUUUAUUGGAACAAGAACAUGCCAAAGAGAAAGCUGCCGCAACUCUCAAAGACUUGAAGGAUAAAAAAGACGUUGCUGUCAGCGAAGCACAAGAGAUCAUAGACAAAACUGUCGCUGACGUGAAAGAUAAAAAAGAUAAAAUUACAGAUGACAUUUCCAAAGAUGCUCAAAAAAUUGCUGACGCUACGAAAGCAGCUGGUGAGAAAGUCGUAAUAGAAACAAAGAAAGUUGGUGAAAAAAUAGAAGAAACUGCAGCAGAUGUUGCGCAAGCUGCCAAGGAUACUAAAGAUGCUGCAGUUAAAGAAGUAAAAGAAGAUACGAAAAAAGUAAAAGAAAAAUUGACAACCGGCAUCAGUGCUGUAGGCGAUAGUGCUGAAACUGCUAGAGAUAAAACAGUCAAAGGUGCGAAGAAAGUUAAAGAAAAGGGAUCCGGUUUUCUGUCGGGAAUAUUUAAAGGUACCAAGCAUUCCGUUGAAAGUGCAGCAGACGAUGUCAAAGAAUUUCUAGAUGAAACAAAACGUGAAGCAGAACAAGAAGAAGCUCGUGCUAAGGAAGCAGCAGCCGCUGGAUUGAAGGAUCUAGAACAUAAAAAGGAUGCUGUCGUUACUGAUGUAAAAGAUAUUACUGAUCAAGCUGUGGCUGAAAUAAAAGAUGUCAAAGAUAAAACUAUUGCCACAGCAAAAGACACAAAGGAUAAAGUCGCCGAGAAAGUCUCCGAAGAUAUUGACAAAGCUGCUGAUGCGGCCAAAGCUGCUAAAUACAAAGUAAUCUCAGAAUUGAAAGAAGUUGGUGAAAAAAUGGAUUCGACAGCGCAGGAUGUUGCACAAGGAAUUGCAGAUACCAAAGAUGCUGUUGUUAAGGAAGUACAGGAUGAUACAAAAAAGAUGAAAGAGAAAUUGGCCACGGGAGUUGAAGCCGUGGCUAACGGUGCUGGAGCAGCUAAGGAUAAAGCAACUAAAGAAGCAAAGAAAGUUAAAGAAAAGGGAUCUGGUUUUCUCUCAGGAAUAGUUAAAGGCGCGAAACACGCUGUCGGGAGUGCAAAAGGUGACGUCAAAGAAUUUCUGGAUGAUACAAAGCACGAAGCGCAAUUGGAAGAAGCUCGUGCUAAAGAAAUUGCUGCGGCUGGUGUGAAGAAACUGGAACACCAGAAAGAUGCCGUUGUUGAUAGUGCAAAGGAUGUUACGAAAGAAUUAGUAGCUGAUGUCCAGGAGGCGAAAGAUAAAAUUUCUGAAACAACAGUCAAAGCAACAGAUACCGCGAAGACUGCAGUUGAUAAGUUAGCAACUGAAGCGAAGAAAGUCGGUGAGAAAAUAGAAUCCAAAACUACAGAUAUAGCACAUGAUAUAAGAGAUGCUGAAGAAAGUCUUUCUAAAGAAAUAAAAAAGGACACAAAGGCGGUAAAAGAUAAAUUACUAACAAGUGCCGACGCUGUAACUGAUGGUGCCAAAACGGCUAAAGACGGGUUUGUGAAAGACGCCAAGAAAACAAAGGAUAAGGGUUCGGAUUUCCUAUCUGGAGUUAUUCAGGACGCGAAGCAAACAGGAAAGGAAAUUUCCGACGACGUGAAAGAUUUUCUGGAAACAACCAGGCAAGAAGCAGCUGCUGAUGAAGCGCUUGCUAAAGAAGCCGCAGCGACUAGACUGAAAGAACUUGAACAAAAGAAGGAUAAAGCUGCUGGUGAAAUUAAAACCACUACAGAUAAAACUAUAAAGGGCGCGAAAGAUGCAAAACAAAAAAGUCUUUCCAGUAUAAAAGAAGCGAAAGACAAAACGAUCUCGACUGUUAAAGCGGCGGGAAGCAAAAUAGGUCAAAGUAUAUCGCAAGCCAGUGAAAAAGUUAAGUCUACUGGUCAAGAUGCGACGCGGAAAACUAAACGAACCAAAGACGCUGUCACGAGUGAAGCGAAAGAAGAUACGCGAGCGGUCAAAGGAAAGGUGGCAACGGGCACGAGUGCAGCCGCUAGUACAGCGGAAACUGCUAAAGACAAAACCACGAAAGAAGUUAAAAAGAUCAAACAAAAAGCAGGCGGUUUUAUAUCAGGCGUGGUGAAGAGCGCCAAGCAUGCAGUAGAAGACGCAACGGAUGACAUGAAGGAAUUUCUGGAAGAAACCAAGCAGGAGGCAACCGCGGAUGAAGCUCGCGCUAAGAGCGAUCUCGCUCAAGCAAAAGAUAAAUCCGGCAAGUUGGCAACUGAUGCGAAGGAAAAAUCUGUCAGUGCCGCCAAAGUCGCAAGAAAAAGUCCCCCAAAGGCAACAAAAUCAGCAACAGAUGCGAAGAGCGCGGGCAAAGCUUCGCCUAUCACUAGGAGAACGAGUAGAGAAUCGCCAGUGACAGAAACAAAAAGAGGUGAUAGAGGAUCGAAACGCAUGAGUGAAAGUGCUCAUGAGGUAUCUGGUCGAGGUAGUUGGGAGGAUAGUCUUCGUAGGUCCGAUGUAGUUAGUAGGCCGGCGACGUCCGGUGGCGUCGAGCAUUUAACCGAGGUAGUUAGCGUUAAGAAAGUUUCUCGCAUUCCACAAAAGAUUAGUCCGGGUAAAGAUGUGACCGCGGACGAUUCGGUCAAAUCGCGUAAAGUAGAGACAGUAACUACGGUAGGGCACCCCGAGCCUCACACACGGCACUCCGUCACCACAAUCGUGACAAAGUCUGUGCGAACGACCCCACCGCCACCCAGUUCACUCGCCGAGUUCACUGACAGUAGAACCGAAGACGUGACCAAAGAGGCUGCGCGACGGGCACAGAAUCUGGCGGAUCAGGCGUAUACCUCGACGAAAGCAGGGCAUGAUUCGGCUGAGAUUGAUGGGACUGUAGAGAGGCAUGCUACUUCUGCUCCAUCAAAACAACCUGUUCCCGCCCCGCGUCACUCCACCACCAAGCCGUCUACCAAACCCGAGUUCCAUCUGGAGCUCAGUGAUGCCUCACGAACAUGUAAAAUGAUCGAGCAGCCGUCCAAACCGAUACAGGAGGCGCAGUCGCCGAGCAAGAGCAAGAUACCCCUUGAAAUUGACCCUCACAUCUCUAAAUUGAACGACGAUCCUGAAUCCGUCCAAUUAGAAUCCUCGGAAGAUUAUUUUAUUGGUCCACAAGCGGCUUUGCGAACCAUCAAACACGUUACCACUAGGGAGUACACGGACAGGGAAUUGAUUAAAGAGAGGGAAGAAAAAAGAAAAAUAUUACUGAGCGAUGUGAUUCAAACGGUUAAAACGGAUGAUCUAACUGAGACUACUAUAAGUAAUAGAACGGAGAUGACACCCUCGAGGGAACAAAUGCAACGAACAACGAUUACGACGAUGACCAGCGACUCGUCGAUCGAUCCUGCGAGACUGGAGGAGCUUUUGACGACGGACGAUUCUUUGCAACCUGUAACGCGCGAGGAGAUGCUCAAGAGGAUAAACCAAGCUGCUAACACGCUGUCGAGUGAGAUGUUUGAUUUUGGCGACAAAUUCCCGGAUUCCUCAACCACUACGAUAAGGACCGAAAGAUCGGAGUCUGAUGAUGUCGUGCAGAUGGUCACAACCGUACAACGCGUGACGACAGAAACGCCGGAGAUCGAAAGAACCGAGAGGGUAGUGAGAACGGUGAUCUCUAGCAGCGAUGGAGGCGGCUAUGGGGAUGCCGAGUCCGCCCUAAGAAGUCUUCAGGAGCAAUUAACGAGAUCCGAGAUUGGCGAGACCGCUUCUUGGACUGCGGCGAAUGAACAGUGGGAGGCGCAGUAUUCCCAAGACACGUCGCCCGAAUCCGGGAACGACGGCGGCGCUGAUACGUUUGCUAGCAGCAACAACAACAACAAUAACAACAACAAGAACGAUGGUAGUUCGAGGCACGAUAUACACAGCGACACCGAUAGUGACGGUUCGCCGCAACCUAGAAGAAGAUCUCCGAGCAAGAGGCGUACGUUGGGCAGUUCCAGCGGGUCGGAUGUAGCACUGCACGAAGGUGCGGAGCUGUCCCCGUUGGAGGACGACCAAGAAUCUGACUUUUUGCAACAUAGCGAGCCAUCCUUCAUGGAAACGACAACGAUCGAGGUGGAUCCUGUCACUCAGGAAAGCGUAACAACGACCACGCGAACGGAAACGAGGACGAUGUCGUCCGUGGGAGCCGGUGGCACGGACGAUUUACGGGAAUCGAUGCAGAAGAUCAUGGAUACGUUCAUGUCGGAGGAGAAGAAGGAUCAUUAGGAGUAACGCAUGCGUUCCGCCCUUUGAAUUUGCGAUGAGAAGAAAGGAAGAAAUCGACGUCGAUUCCCUCGUCGAUCCUUGGAUCCCUUUACCGAGGGAAGCACCUUGACGGACCUUGGACUCGACUCGGCGCGUCCUCGGGCGUCGAGCGAUAAAUUUACAUUUAGGACCUUGAGGGUUGAAGAGCUCCCUCAGGGUGCUGCCUUCCUUAAGCCACACAAAAAUAUGCACAAUGAUUUACUAUCACGCUCAUGGCCUAUACGCUUCGAGUUUGCUUGCCUUUCCGUUCCGCUCGGUUGCCUUACCCCUUUACGUUUGUCGGAAUCUCGCGAUCGAUUAUAAUGAUGAUGAUAACUAUGAUAAUGUUGAUGAUCUAUCAGCGUAUGUCGUUGCUAGUCCGACUAGCCGAUCUGCGCUAGUCUUCACUAUGCCAACCCGUCCAUGUAUGCAUGCAACGCCUUUCUCGUGUUGUCUAAAAAUAUAAUGCGAAAUGAAAGGGAAACAAAGUAUCGGGCGGAGACGAUGAGGAACGUAUCGAGAAAGAAGAGACGCGAAAAAGGCGGAAACGCGACAAGAUUGAACGAGCGAUCUGCCGAUAUCAGCGAUCAUCUAGAUUAGUAAGAUUCUCGCGAGAAUAGCCCGUUUAAGCUUUAGGAUGGUUAUACAUCUCUAUCCAUGCAAUAUAUCGCUUAAUAGAUCGGCAUUAAAUAUAAAUAUACAUAUAUUCUUCAUCAACACUUUCGGCGAUGGACAAUUGACAAAGUUUUUGCGUGUUGAAAAUGGGAAUAAGGAAUAAAUUUCUUGUUGUUACGCGACUUAAGUCGUGAGUUCAGGUACGAUAAAAAAAUAAAAAAAAUAAAAAAAAUGAUGAGCUGCGAAAGAUGCCGGACCAUUGUGCGUUUCGGCUGUGUUGAUUUGAUUAACAGUGAAAAAUGUUUUUAUGUAUUGGAACACAUAAUGUAUAAAUUUAACUUGUUUAAAGGAUAUUUCCUAACAAUUUUCAAUUGUAUAUAUGAUAAUUUCUUAGCAUAACUUAUAUAUAAUAUAUAUAUUAUACAUAUACAUAUAUAUAUAAAUAUAAAUAAAUGUACUAUGGACGAUUGUAAUAAUUAUAAGAUGCUAACAUGAGUAUUUUAUUUAUAUAGCGAGCCCUUGAAUAAAUGUUACACGCUCGUUAAUUUGUAAGCUCGAUACGGUUAUACUGUUAACGUUGUAUCAUCCACGUGAAUCAGUGUAAACUAAAAUAGCAGCUAACGACACGCGACAAUGUAGAAAAUUAUGUUGUCCGAACGAUGCAAAUUCGUUAUAAUAUAUCUAAGCCAAUGUUAGCUUUCAGUGUACGACAUAAUUUUAAUGAGCGCAGGCGAGAGGAAGGAAAAUCAUAUAAUAUAUAAAUAUAUUAAAAAAAAGAACAAAAUUUAAAUAAGCUAUUCUAUUAAUGUAUAAUAUAUUGAAAGAUAUAAUGAUUAUGCUAUCUGAAGUUUAUAAAUUAUUAUCUAUAAUGACUGUUAUACUACGUUUAAUAGACUUGCCUAGAGCCUAUCUGACCUAAGGACCAAAGGCACAAUCACACGCGCAUCAAAAUAAAAGAAUAUGCUCUCAUGUAUUGUCGUAACAUUUAGUAUAUAAUUCAUUACGAAUUAUACUGAAGCGACACUGGUGCUUCAACGCUGUCAACGAUAUUGCAGAUUUGUCUCACGAGGGGAGAAAUGUUUUGUACGCACUGUACUUCAUUAUAUGUGGAACGCAACUAUACGUGAUUAUAUCGUGUGACACACAGUUGGUUUAUGGUCUGUGUGCAACGUACUUUAUUGUUUUACGCUUUCAUAAUACGCACGUGUAAGAUUGUGUGUUCUAAAGGAAUGCAAUAUUAAUGUCAUUUCAUCGUGAGAGCAUUGAUGCGCCAAUGUCGAACUGAUGCUUUAUAUCUCACAUACUUUUAUAACAUUAUAAGUUAAUUUCCGUGGACAACGUAACACGUCACAGUCAACCAUAUUUCCCCCUAUGCUAAUUACAUGUCCCUCCUCAAUACUAUAAUGGCAUUAAGCUAUCAUUACAAUGGCAUUGCAUGGCGUCAGAGUAUCAAAAACGAGAGAGACUAUAAUUUACUAUAUACUAUUGUGUGAUAGAACUAUCAGCGGCAUAAUAAAUAAAAUGUUGGAUCAGAAUUACGUCCUCUGCAA